UGAGAGACAGAGGUGGAGGGAGGGGAGCAGGGAGGGAAGACGUGGCUGAAGGCAUCGCCUGCGACAGCAACAGGUAUUAUUAGUCUUCUAGCUACGCUUACCGACGCACGCACCAUGGCGCUCAGGUACUGGCUGGUGGUGCUGUGUGUGGCAUUCCUCCUAGCCACCUUCUGCGAUGCCUCGGAUACCGGAAGAUUCGGUACUCAUCCUUACUACCGUCAGUCCUCGUGGCCACGCCCGUACAAGAUCGCUGGCCACUUGUAUCCUCGCUGGCCGCAGCCUAACUCAGAUCUCCACAACCUUAGUGUUAGGUGGCGUAGCAGCAGGCCCGCCACGCUCCCCAUCUCGCCUCGCCUCCAAAAAACCAACGCUGACUUAACCGACGCCAUACCACAGCGGCAUAACAUUUCGAGGAGGCCACAAGCGUCCAACCAUCGCCAUGUGAGCAGACUGGGAUCGCUGCCCGCCGCGGACUCUGAAAGCGGAUCACUGUCGUCCUCCGUCUUCGUAAGUGAACCAAACCACAGGUGGAAAAUGGCCAACAAGCAGUGGAAAUGGCCUCGCAAGUUUUUCACGUCCUCCAACACUUUGGGAGGAAGGACUCUCUCAGGUGGGCAUCAGACCUGUCAAAACGGAAAGGUGUGGCGACGAGGGCAGUGCAGGUGUCCAUACCUUUCAAGAUGGGAUAAUGAAACAAACAAGUGUGAAUGCAUCUAUGGUACCUACCGCCAUGCCUCAGGCCACUGUUACAAUUUCUAAGGACUCUACUAUGUGGUAUUUGUCAAUAUCAAGCAAAAAAGACAACAGGUAUAUAUAUAUAUAUAUAUAUAUAUAUAUAUAUAUAUAUAUAUAUAUAUAUAUAUAUAUAUAUAUAUAUAUAUAUAUAUAUAUAUAUAUAUAUAUAUAUAUAUAUAUAAUUCUUGUAACUGUAUUUUGUAGCAUUAGUGAUUUUUUUCUUUAAUAAGGGUCCAAAUAACAUAGUAAUGGGUACCAUGGAAUUGGAAGCAGAUAUGACCAGGUAACUAGGAGCAAAAUCUUUUGCUUCUGGGAAAUACUAUUACUAGUGUAUGUAAAUCAUAUUUAGAGGUUAAAAUGGUGAUGUUUGUCGGAAUAGUUGUGCCAAUAAUUUUGUGCAGAGUUUAGCACCAAUAAGGAGUGGUGCUUGGCUGUGUGCUUUAUUAACUAGAUGUGUGAGUAGCGAGUCCAGCCACUGUAGUUUAGUUUAUGGUAACUGUGUACACAAAAGCUGUAACUGUGGCAUAAAUAGCUUGGGUAGCAUAUUUUUUUACCUAUAGUAUAUACAGAAGGAAUGAACAAAGGAUCUAAAAGUGGAAAGGCUUUGUAGUAAAAAUAAUUCCAGAUACCCUAGUUAACUAAGUCUUUCAAUUCUGGUACCAUCUUUGUUGCUAUCCUCUAUAUUUUCUCCAGUUUCUGUAUAUCCUUUUUCUAUAUGAUACCCAAAUUACUGCUGUGUAUUCCAAUUUAGGACUUAUCACGUUUGCUAUAAUUUUCUUCAUAAUUUCUUUAUCCAAAUAGUUAAAUGCCACCCUAAUGUUUGUUAACAAGCUGUAUGUAGAGCUGAAUAUCUUGUUUAUGAGCCUUUCAGCCUCAAGUGAUAAUGUGUCCAGGAUUGUUACUCCCAAAUCUUUUUUUUCAUUACUUUUCAUUAUCAUUUCUCCUCCCAUUUUGUAAUUCUAUGAAGGUCUCUUUUUACAAUUUCCUAUUUCCAAAACAUGGCAUUUUCUGGCAUUAAAUUCUAGCUUCCAUC